AUGAAACGUUAUUUAUCAAAAGCUAUACCUAGAUCUUCACAAGUAACAUCUUCAUCAUCAAUUAACUUCAAUAUUCCUACUACUACUCAAAACGUUGAUUCAAUUGAUCCGUUACACUUAGCUUUAAAUUCACCACCUCGAUCAACAUGGACUAAAGAUCAAAUUAAACAAAUUUACAACACACCACUUAUGGAAUUAACUUUCCAAGCACAAGUUCAACAUCGUAAAUAUCAACCUAAAAAUGAAGUUCAAUUAUGUACUUUAUUAUCCAUCAAAACUGGUGGUUGUACUGAAGAUUGUAAAUAUUGUGCACAAUCAUCAAGACACGAUACUGGUUUAAAAGCUGAGAAAUUAUUAAAAAUAGAUGAGGUGUUUGAAAAGGCUAAAAUUUCAAAAGACAACGGAUCUACUAGAUUUUGUAUGGGUGCUGCUUGGAGAGAUAUGACUGGUCGUAAAUCAGGUCUUAAAAAAAUUAGUGAAAUGGUUGCAAAAAUUAAUAAUGAAUUAGGAAUGGAAACUUGUGUUACUUUAGGUAUGAUUAAUCAAGAACAAGCAAAAACUUUAAAAAAUUCUGGAUUAACUGCUUAUAAUCAUAAUAUCGAUACUUCAAGAGAACAUUAUCCAAAUAUAAUUCUGACUCGUACAUUUGACGACAGAUUAGAAACUAUAAAAAAUGUUCAAAAUGCAGGUAUUAAAGCUUGUACUGGCGGUAUUUUAGGACUUGGUGAAACUCCAGAAGAUCAUGUAUCAUUUUUGUAUAGUUUAGCUACCAUGGAUCAACAUCCAGAAUCAUUGCCAAUUAAUAAAUUAAUUACAAUUAAAGGUACACCAAUGGAAACAACUUUAAAUGAUUUACCAAAGGAAAAACAUUUACAAUUUGAUCAAAUUUUAAGAACAAUUGCAACUGCAAGAUUAAUUAUGCCAAAAUCAAUAAUUAGAUUAGCUGCUGGUAGGUAUACCAUGAAAGAAUAUGAACAAUUUCUUUGUUUUAUGAGUGGUUGUAAUGCAAUUUUCACUGGUGAGAAAAUGUUAACUACCAUGUGCAAUGGUUGGGAUGAAGAUAUUGCAAUGUUGAAAAAAUGGGGAUUAAAACCAAUGAAAUCAAACACUUCUUGA